AUGACAAAGCCCCAGGAGUCCAUCCCUCCGGCUGCAGAUGUCCUUGGAGUAUGUAUUCGGUCUCCAAACCACCGCGCCAGUAUCAUGCUAAUCUAUGUGUCUCCCUCACUAGACUAUUGGAACUGCUGCUGGUGUGUUCAGAUCCUUCCACAGAUAUGGCAUAACUGGCGCCGAAAAAAUACCGACGGCCUUCCCGGCACUAUGUUGAUGCUGUGGGCUGGAUGUGCUGUUCCAUUCGGUGUCUACGCCGUUGUUCAGAACUUCAACAUGGCGCUCAAGCUGCAACCCCAGUGCUUCGGUGGUUUAACACUGAUAACGUGGGGGCAAACGCUCUAUUAUCAUGAUCACUGGAGAGCUUGGACAGCCACGGUAGCUACUGUAGUCAUGGCUGCAGUGUUCGCCGGGACCGAAGCAAUUCUGAUCGUCACACUUCGAAUUCCAUACUACAAGGGCGUCGAGUGGCCAAUGAUGCUGAUGGCCAUCGUUGCAUCUGUGAUGCAGUGCGCUGGUCUCCUGCUCCCGUAUUUUGAACUAGCUAAACGGCAUGGACGGGUCAUCGGAAUCAAUUUCAUCUUUCUCAUUGUGGACUACGCUGGUGCUUUCUUCUCAUUAAUGGCUUUAGUCGCACAGCAUACAUUUGACGCUCUUGGUAGCUCUAUGUACAUUGUCUGCAUGACGCUCGAGACCGGCAUUUUCCUCUCCCAAGCAAUCUGGCUCUGGCGGGUGCGCCAUGUCCGCCGCGAAGCGAAGCAAGCUGGCAAGACCUACGACGAAUACGUCGCGGAACACCCUUCGAAGAAAUUCGCGCGCUCAGAAUCGUCGGAAACCAUAGUGGAUGUCGAAGCCUGUCAUAACAAUUCGCAGGGAACACCGACGGCCCGAGAGAAGUGCAAGGAGAAGCCUUCUAUUGAGGCCGUCUCCGAAGACAUGACACAACCCGACACUCCAAGUAGACCGACAUGUUCAGACAAUGUUUCCGCACCAGAGAAAUCCGUUCAACCAGCACGCUGUGGUUAA